UCAAAUCAAAUUUUGGGGCAAAUCAGAGACCCGGAACAGCACAAGACAGGACAGGAGAGAGAGACAGAGAGAGAAAACUGUAGAAACAUCUGCAAUGGCGAUCCAGGCCGAAAAUGAAGCAGAGAAGAGAAUGAUGCAGAAGAUCGCCAGGGUUUUAGACGAAACUCGAGCAUCGCACGCCACACACAUCCGGAAGCUCAAGGACCUCUCCACCCUUCGCUCAUCGUCUCCACUCUUAUUCUUCUCCGCAUUCUCCAAAGCCCUAACCCCUCUCUUCAUUUUCCAGCGCCGCAACGCCUCCUCCGAACGAAUUGUUAGGUUUGUCGCCAUCUUCGCAAGCAAUCGAGACUCGAACAAUGCGCCCCUCUCCGAUUCCUUCUUGGAUUCGCUCCUGCGGUUCCUCCUCGUUGCCACCUCCGCCGCCAACAGAACCGUCAGGUUCCGCGCCUGUCAGAUUAUCUCUGAGAUCAUAAUGAGAUUGCCAGACGAUGCAGAAGUAAGCAAUGAAAUCUGGGAUGAGGUGAUUGAAUGCAUGAAGUUGCGGAUAGGUGAUAAGGUCCCUGUUAUUCGUACAUUUGCAGUUAGAGCUCUUUCUCGCUUUGUAAAUGAUUCUGAGAAUGGUGACAUCCUGGACUUAUUCCUUGAGUCACUGCCUCUAGAGCAGAAUGCGGAGGUUCGUAAGACAAUUGUACUGUCUUUGCCUCCUUCAAUUGCAACUUCAACGGCAAUCAUCAAUUGUACAUUGGAUGUGAAUGAGUCUGUACGCAAAGCAGCUUAUUGUGUUUUGGCUAGUAAAUUUCCUCUUCAGAGCCUUAGCAUCAAGCACAGGACUGUUAUUCUCCGGAGAGGACUUGCUGAUCGUUCUGCAGCUGUGAGAAAGGAGUGUCUAAAAUUAUUGAAAGAUGAGUGGCUUGUGAAGUGUUGUAACGGAGAUCCCAUUGACCUUCUCAAGUAUCUUGAUGUUGAGACUUAUGAAUCAGUUGGUGAGUCUGUAAUGGUGGCUCUUUUAAAAGAUGGGUUAGUAAAAGUACAACAGGGUCAAAGUAUUUUCAGCAAUACAACUGAAGGGAACUGCACCACAAGCAUCCAACUAAUGGAAGCAGAAGCUGCACUUUAUUGGAGGGUUGUAUGUAGGCACUUUCAGACAGAAGCACAAGCAAAAGGCUCUGAUGCUGCCACAACAAUGGGGACUGAGGCAGCUGUCUAUGCAGCAGAAGCUUCAGAUAGCAAUGAUCUUCUGGAGAGAGUUCUUCCUGCAACCAUUUCUGAGUACAUAGAAUUGGUUAAAGUGCAUCUUAUUGCUGGACCAAAUUACCGAUUUGCGUCUCGGCAACUACUAUUACUUGGUGCAAUGCUUGAUUUCUCCGAUGUUGCAAACUGGAAAGUUGCUAGUUCAUUUGUGCAGGAGUUACUGCAAAGGCCUCUAGAGCAUGAAGUGGAUGAAAAUAGCAAUAAGGUUGUCAUAGGAGAUGGCAUCAAUCUUGGUGGAGACAGAGAUUGGGCUGAGGCAGUGUCAGGAUUGGCAAGGAAAGUGUAUGCUGCUUCUGGUGAAUUUGAAGAAGUUGUUUUAAGGGUUCUAGAGGAGCUUGCUCGGCCUUGCAGAGAAAGAACAGCAGAAGUCAUGCAGUGGAUGCACUGCCUUGCUGUGACUGGCCUCCUCUUGGAAAAUACAAAGUCUUUUCGUUGGAUGCAAGGAAAGGCCUUUGAACCAGCUGAGUUACUGCAGUCUUUAUUGCUGCCAGCGGCAAAACAUGUUCACUUGGAUGUUCAGCGGGUUGCUACCAGGUGUCUUGGUCUUUUUGGGUUGUUAGAGAGAAAGCCAAGUGAGGAACUAAUAAAACAGUUGAGGCUUUCUUUUGUUAAGGGACCCUCUCCAAUCAGUAUAAUGGCUUGUAAGGCAUUGUUGGAUCUUGCAAUGUGGCAUGGUCCUCAGGAAGUAGAUAAAGCCAUGGGGCAGGAUCUCUCAUCGCGACUCAAGGAUCAUGAUAUUGUUUCUUGUACUGUUCAAAUGUCUGAUACAAAUGGGGAUUUGAAUUUUGGAUUGCUUGACCUAUUAUUUGCUGGAUUAGAGAGAGAUGAUUGGGUCAAAUCAGCAGAUGCAGAUGAGCAUGAGUCAGUUCAAGCUGUUAUUGGGGAGGGGUUUGCAAAGAUUCUUCUCCUAAGUGAGAACUAUCCAAGCAUUCCUUCUUCUUUACAUCCUUUACUAUUAGCCAAGCUCAUUGGUCUUUAUUUUAGUGAUGAAACUAAAGAACUGCAGAGGUUGAGACAGUGCCUGUCUGUGUUCUUUGAGCAUUAUCCAUCACUUUCAAAUACUCACAAGAGAUGUGUAUCUAAGGCUUUCAUUUCAGUCAUGCGUUCAAUAUGGCCCGGCAUCACCGGGAAUGCUGGAGGGUCUCCAUUAAUGGUUUCCAACAUGCGCAAACAUGCUGUCCAAGCAUCACGUUUUAUGCUGCAGAUGAUGCAGGCUCCUUUAUAUACAAUAGAGACCAAAACAGUGGAUGAAAAUGGUAUUGAAGGCUUGCCAGAAAACCUUGAUGGUUCAGUUCAACCUUCCAAUGACUUCGAGAAUGGUGAGGAAGGUCUUGCUGUACGCAUAGCUACGGAGGUAAAUGUUACCACGGUGAAGUUCACUUGCUAUUUUGUUAAUACCUGGUCAAGAGUAUUCAUUGUGCUAUGUUGGGAGUAUUCUUUACUAUUUUGGUUAUGCAUUUGACAGUCUUGUUUACACGAGGCUAGGUUUUGGUUUGUUUUAAUAUUCCUGCUCACAGAAAUGAGUGU